AUGGCUCAACCUCUCUUUCGCGCCGUGGCUACCUCGACACGCCCGCUCUACCAAUUACUAAGAUGCGUCAAUUUUACCAACAAGAUCCACGUUCUGAUAACCGAAGAGGGCAUCAGGUUUUCGGCCGAUCUAUCUCGGGUCAUGCAAGGUACUGCAUCCCUCGAUAAGAAGCUCUUCGCAUCCUAUCACCUAAAUCUCGGCGAAUCAGACGACGAAAGCUCACAGCCGGACCUCCCCAGCUUUCAAAUCAAUCUACCGGCUCUUCUGGAGACACUGCAAAUUUUUGGCGCUGUGGAUGUGGCUACCCGGGCGCAAAAGGCGGAGCAGGACCCAUACCGCAGCAACCUCCGCAACUACCGCCCGGAUGCGUUUAGUAACCAGGCCCUGGGCAUCGGCGGGACCUGCUGCCUGCAGCUAGCGGAGGAGGGCGCCCCGCUGAGCAUCAUCAUCGAGGAGUCGGGGGUCAAGACGGUAGCGAACCUGACGACCUACGUGCCCGAAAUCCCCGAGGACAUUCCCUUCGACCGCGACGAGCUCGCCUACAAGAUCAUCAUGCAGUCGCGCUACCUGCUCGACGGGCUGGCGGAGCUUUCCCCGAACGGGCCCAAGCGACUCACCAUCACCACGUCGAGGGGCCCGCCUUACCUCACGCUGGCCGGAAACGGCGACCUCGGCACCACGGUGGUGGACUUUGCCAAGGGCCGGGAGCUUCUCGAGACUCUUUCGGUGCAGGAGCGCUGGGUCCAGACCUACAAGUUUGACUUGAUCAAGUCGUCGACCGAGGCGAUGCGCAUCGCUAGCAAAAUCAGCCUCCGCGGUGAUCGGCAGGGCGUGCUGAGUUUGCAGUUCAUGGUGGAGGUGGAAGGCGGCGGGGUCAGUUUCUUGGACUUUCGCUUCGUGCCCUUUAUAUCGCACGAAGACGAUGAAGAUGGGCAGGAAGGGGGGGAGGGCGAGGGCGAGGAGGGUGGGGAGGGCGAUGAGCCUGAUCGCGGGGAUGAGGAACUGUAA